AUGUAUUUCAGACGUUCCAUCUUCGCUCCAGACGAUUACGACGACGACGAAGAGGAGGAAAAUCCCAAAAAAUAUAAAGUUUAUAAAAGAUAUACUAAGUCACACACCGGUAUAUCUGGAUUGGACGUUAAUAAACGAGAUCACGAUAGCAAUUAUAUCAGGGGUAAUACAUGCAGUUGCAACGGUCGCGCUUUUGGUGCUAAAGAUACUUACGGUAACGUCACCGCAACUCCCAGUACUAUCAGUGGUCUUAAUUUUGGUAUUAGCAGCACUAGAAGCACUAACGCUUUAAGAAUAGCCAGUAGUCAUGGAACUACUUCCUACGUGGAGCCCCAAAGUGGCUGUAGAAAUAGGCAACCAGUAAACAUUAGUGGUAAUUCUGUCGUUGCAAGACCUAAUGGUGGCAGUACCAGCGGAUUCACUACAGGCCUUGACAGUAGCACGGUCUCAGGAGAAACUAGAAGCAAUAUAGCCUUCAAAGGAGGUAGCACUAGAAGCCUUGCUAGCUGUCCUAAUGCUUGCAGAGGAGAAGUUACUAAAAGUGCCACUCCCCUUUCAAGAGGCGUGGGUGAUAAUACUAUUGCGUUAGCAGGAACUACUGAUCUAGAUACUGAUACAUUGGCUCCAGGCCUUAAUGGUGCCACUAAAGCUUUCGCAGGAAACAAAGGUGUAGAUACCAGUACAUUGGCAAGAGUUCCUAAUGGCGGUACAAGUACCUUCGGAGGAAACAAAAGCACUAAUGCAGGAGGUUUUAGUACUGACACCGGUGCGUCUGUAGUUGGCUCCAGUGGCGGUACUAGGGACGUCAUAGAGGGCAAAAGUGUUGACACCGAUGCCUAUAAGCAUUGGCUUCGUGGUAACACCACUUCCCUGGCUGGUAGUAAAACUGCAGACGUUUUGGUCUUGUCAGGGGAUCUUAGUGGAGGUAAGACUCUCAUUUCGGACAAUGAAAAUGGUGAUGUCAGUGCCUUUACAACUGGUUGUGGGGGCAACUCUACCUACCUGACGAAAGGUAAAACUACAGUGUGCGGAGCCCUUACAAAAGGUACUGGUGGAGGUACAAAUCUUGUUACGAGUGACAAAAAUGCCGAUGUCAAUGCCUUUAGCCGUGGGGGGUACACUAAGUUAGCACCAAGGGGUGGUGAUACAAGUACCCUACUAGGUGAGAGAAGUGCAGACACUGAUGCCUUUCCUGAAGGUCCUGGUAACACCAAAACUAGUAUCGUGACAUGUGGUAAAAGUACAUUUAGACAUGACUUAUGUGGUGACACCAGUAACCUGUUAAGGGGCAAGAGCACAGGGACUAGUACCUUUGCAAAAGGUCUUGGGGGUAGUACUAGUGUCAUUACGGGUGGCAAAGAUGGCGAUGUCAGUGUCAUCACUCGUGACCUUGGUGGCAACAUUAGUGCCCUAACAGAUCUAAGAGAUCUUAAUGGAGGUACUACAACCGUUACGACUCCCAAAAGUGCUGAUGUCAGCGCCUUUACACGUGGUCUUGUUGGCGAGACCAGUACCCUGACUGGAGACAAAACUGCAGAGAGUACUAAUUUCGUUACGGGUGGCACACGAGAUGGUAUCAGUGCCUUUACACGUGAUCUUGGUGCUAACACCCGUACCCUGACGGGAAGCAAGACUCCAGAAGGUGAAGCCUUCGCAAAAGGUCUUAGUGGUGGUGCGAGUUUCAACAAAGGAUCUAAAAGUGUUCAUAUCAGUGACUCUCCGGGAAAUUUUGGUCUUGGCGAUAAAAGUGUCUUUAUAUGGGGCAAAAGUGCUGGCGUUAGUGAUUUCACAAAUGAUAAAAGUGCCGACACUGGUGCUUUUGCUGGAAGCCUUGGUGGCGGCGGCACUAGUAUCAGUACAGGUGGAAAAAGUGCCAAUGCUGUGUUAGAAGGCAAAAAUACCGAUACCAGCACAUUUUUAGGUGCCUUUGGUACAAAGACGUUCACAGUGGGCCGAAGUAUUGAUACAAGCACCUUCAAACCAAUUAUUGGAGAAACAUUUAGUGGAGGCAAAAUUAGCAGUCAUAAUGUCUUCGGAGAGGGUAUUGGCAGUGUCGCUAAAGGCGUCUCUGAUCGCUUCAGUAGUGGAGUUACUUCAGGAUUUACCUCUACCUCUGAUGGGACUAAAAGUUAUUCUGGGGAUUAUUCGCUCGGUGUCGGAAAUCUCGCCAGUAGAGCAGUCUCAACUGGUACAGACGCGGUUACUAGUGGUAUCGUUGGCGGCGCUACAAACCUUACUAGUGGAGCCUUCAGCGGCAUUACCACGGUCACAGGGAUAAUAAGAUCUGUUGCUUCUGGCAUCGCAGGUAGUGUUAGUGCCGUUGCUAAUGUUGUUACAACUAGUAUUAGCACUGCAACGGGUGGACCUCCUAGAGGAUUUAGCAUUGUUGCUAGUGGAAUUAAUCUUAUCACUUCUAGUAUAUAUAAUAUUGCUGGUACAUCUGCAACUGGCAUUAGUAAUGUUGCUAGUGUAACUGCAAUGGGCAUUAGUAGUUUAGCUGGUGCAACUGCAACCGGCAUUAGUAAUGUUGCUGGUGCAACUGCAACUGAUGUUAAUAAUGUUGCUGGUACAUCUGCAACUGGCAUUAGUAAUAUUGCUAGUGUAACUGCAAUGGGCAUCAGUAGUUUAGUUGGUGCAACUGCAACCGGCAUUAAUAAUGUUGCUGGUACAUCUGCAACUGGCAUUAGUAAUAUUGCUAGUGUAACUGCAAUGGGCAUUAGUAGUUUAGCUGGUGCAACUGCAACUGGUGUUAAUAAUGUUGCUGGUACAUCUGCAACUGGCAUUAGUAAUAUUGCUAGUGUAACUGCAAUGGGCAUUAGUAGUUUAGCUGGUGCAACUGCAACUGGUGUUAAUAAUGUUGCUGGUGCAACUGCAACCGGCAUUAGUAAUGUUGCUGGUGUAACUGCAACUGGCAUUAGUAAUGUUGCUGGUGCAACUGCAACGGGCAUUAGUAAUGUUGCUGGUGUAACUGCAACUGGCAUUAGUAAUGUUGCUGGUGUAACUGCAACGGGCAUUAGUAAUGUUGCUGGUGUAACUGCAACGGGCAUUAGUAAUGUUGCUGGUGUAACUGCAACUGGCGUUAGUAAUGUUGCUGGUGCAGCUGCAAGCGGUAUCCGUGCUGCAACGAGUGGAGCUCCUAGAGGAUUUCGCAGUGUUGCUAGUGGAAUUGAUUCUAUCACUACUGGUAUAUCCAAUAUUACCGGUGCAGCUGCAAGUGGCAUAGCAGGCGGUGUUGGUAGCGUUGCUGGUGUAACUGCUACCGGCAUUAGUAGCGUUGCCGGUGUAACUGCUACCGGCAUUAGUAGCGUUGCCGGUGUAACUGCUACCGGCUUUAGUAGCGUUGCCGGUGCAGCUGCAAGCGGAAUUAGUGCUACAGCGUAUGGAGCCCCUAGGGGUUACAGUAACGUUGCGAGCGGGGUUGGCUCCCUUACUACUGGUAUAUCUGGUGGAAUAAGCACCGUUGCCGAAAGUAUCUUACAAAGCCUUGCCGUCGUUGCUUUGGGAAUAUAUAGUGGUAUUAGCAUCGUUGCCGGUAGCGUGUACAGUGGCAUAAGCAGUGUUACUGGUGGUAGUUCUGGUGCGAGUGGCGGGUCUGGUGGCGGUUACUCCGGUGGGACACGGACAGUAGCAACGCAAGCAGGCAGCAGUAUGGCCGAAACGACGGGAAUCAUCAUUUUUGCACUGUGGUACAUAGCGAUUGCGUUCAACUACUUCAUAGCGCCUACUAUGGAACGUCGCCGCAGGCGUGGCUGCAAGUGUAUGAGAGCACCUUGCGCAUCUUCGUCUAAUUCCUGUAUUAGUUCAACUCCUGAAGAAAUAAAGGAACCUCCUCCUGAAGAUUCUCAAAAACCUCCUCUUGAAGUUCCUGAAACACCCCCUCUUGAAGUUCCUGACGUUCCCGAAGUUCCCGAAAUUCCCGAAGUUCCCGAAGAUCCCGAAGUUCCCGAAGUUCCCGAAGAUCCCGAAGUUCCCAAAGUUCCCGAAGAUCCCGAAGUUCCCGAAGUUCCCGAAGAUCCCGAAGUUCCCGAAGAUCCCGAAGUUCCCGAAGAUCCCGAAGAUCCCGAAGAUCCCAAAGUUCCCGAAGAUCCCGAAGUUCCCGAAGAUCCCGAAGUUCCCAAAGAUCCCGAAGUUCCCGAAGAUCCCGAAGAUCCCGAAUAUCCCGAAGAUGAAAUUUGCAAAAAUGGUCCUUAGAUCCGCACCAAACAUCUUGAUCAUGAUACAUCCAAAACGCUUAUAAGAUUAACAAUUUGGUACAUCCUCGUCGUUUUGUUUAAUAAUAUAUAAUGUCUUAUAAGGAUUAGCAAAAUUAAUAUUAAAAUGUCACAAGAAUAAUAUGUCAAUAAUAUUAGAAAAAAUACAUCGAAACACCUGUUCCUGAAGAAGAUGAAACACCUAUUCCUGAAGAAGUUGAAAUACCAGACUUCUACUUACUAAAUACUAACUAGAUAGGGUACAUUUUCCAAAUAAAAUAUUUUUCUUCUUUAUUUACUUUACUACGCUACCGUUUUUAAAGAAUAUUAUUCGGACGUGCAACGAACCUACGCUUUAUUAUUUCUUUGAUAUACUUCUUAUUGGCAGUUUGUUACUUCGUAGGUUUACUUUACUGAUUAAAAUCAUUGUUACUA